AUGUCGUCAAUCUUCUCCGUUCCGAGUCCAAUCAAGGCGUUGUUUGAGCAAUUUCCGCUGGCAACGUAUCGUCCAAUCUCUAAGCAAGAUGAUUAUAUGAGGGACGAGAUCAGAAGUCGGAAAUAUGCGUUCCAAGGCCCGAACGCCAAGCAACAAACUCCUAAUAACGUUUUCACUCUUGGCGUUUACAACGUCUUUACAGAUUCCAACACGAGCUGUGUGUUGGCAACAGACCCCAAUUGUCUGUACGCUCAAUUUGCCCUCUCUAAGAAGAACUCGCUGAGUCUACCAAAAGCUAGUUCGCUGUACGAAGAGAAAGGAUAUCAACACAGCAUUGGCCUUCUAUCCCACGAUGCCAGCUCAAGGGAAACCUUGCCAAUUUUGAUCGAGGGCUACAGUGAGAGAAACAUUCGAUCCUCUGAAGGCAUCGACGAAGUACUAAGGUCGCGGGUCUCAGACGAUCCAGAGCAACUGAUGUACAUUACCAUGCUUGACCACGUCGUUUACGAUUGCUGGAUUACUCAAGUCAUCUACCACACUACAGAAGAACAAUUCCUAACACUUUAUUCGUACAAUUCCAAAGACCGCAACAUAUUCCUGAAUCGUCUCGCUACUUCUAGUAUGAAAUCGGCUCUCGUCAAACGUAAUGAGUUCCAUCUACGUCAUAAGGAACUCGUCAAGAACAUAAAGUCCCCAUUGAACGUCUACAAAGCACGCUCGCUCGAGCAACUGUUACGGCCAAUUUUCGAAAAAUGCAUGAGAACAUUGCUACAAUUCCAAGAAAUUCUCGGAGAGAAACCAUUCUUCUCCACAACCGACGGCUCUCCAACGUAUCUCGAGCUCAAGAUAGCAAGUUACGUUCUAUGCAUUCUAAACCUUGACGACUCAGUUCCCCUAAAAGCAUUUGUCGAGAAGCAAUGUCCCCACCUUGUGAAACUCUCCAGGGCUACUCUCGUUGGGCUCGAGCAGGCUAAUUCCAGCCACUAA